GCAAUCGGCUUCAGCUGCGCAUGGCUUCCUGGGGAUUACUGUACGUAUCUAAAUACACCACUGGAUUGGCGGAAGUAUUGAGUGACUCACGAUGGCUCGCACAACUACCUCGUUCUCUCAUCCUCCUCCGGCCGCCGACGGUUCGACUCCGUGGACCCAUCCGAGUCUGACGCUUCACUUCACCUAUGCAACCUCCACAUCUCCAGUAGCAGGGCCGCCAAGAACGGAACCAUCAGCGGGAAGCACUGCAGCGGGAGGAUGUAAGAAGAUCUGUGGUCUAUAUUGAAAGUCCAAAUGCAGUAAAUUAUUGUGGUACACUUCAGUUCAACUUGCGAGAAAACGAGACACUAGUGCAGGGUGCUUAGCCUAUGAUUUGUACAG